UCCGGCUAAUGAGAUCAAAUGCAGAUCAUCAAGUCGCAAUACCACUUUUUUUGGACAAUAAGCUAGAGCUGCUCCUCCCCGUCCAUCAGCCCUGCCCCAGUCCUUGCACCGGAGAAAUGGCCCCCAAAUCUAUAUGCAACUAGUCCAUCAGAUGAAGUGGUGAAGUGUCGUAGACAGCCACAAUGCAGAUCGCAAAGUAAGAUGUUCGCUUUUUUAAACUAUCCAUGACUGCCCCUCUCCGCUGUCAUUCAGAAUUAACCACUGUAUCUGUCAACCAUGGCCUCGUCCCUGACGCCAGAGGAAAUUGCCUAUUACAAGGCGCAUGCCAGUGACAACUUGUCGCCAAAUGAAAUCGCUACAGAUGUGAUCGGGUUUAUUGUCGCCUUUACGGCAGUCAUCCUCAGAGUAAUUGCUCGUCGGCGAUCUAGGAAGCAGUGGGGAUUUGGCGCAGAUGACUGGAUGAUCGUGGCUGCUAUGUUCCCACUGACGGGGUACACAAUCUUGCUGGCUUUAUCGAUAGCCAAUGGCGAAGGACGACAUAUCAUCUUCCUCAAAAACCCCAAAGCCUUCAUCCAGGAAUAUGUCGCGGCCAUUGUCUGCUAUUCCGUCGGCGUCAUGCUGACCAAGAUUUCGAUCCUGCUCUACUAUCAUCGUCUCUUCCAAUCGGUGACCCUAUCAUGGGUCAUAGGGGCAGUUGUGGUCGCCUACAAUCUGGCCGUGAUAUUCGUCGCCGCCUUCGAAUGUAUCCCACUGUCUAGUAUGUGGACAGGACAACCUGGGAAGUGUAUAGCUACGAAAGUUCCUUUUACGAUACUGGCGGUCAUGAACACAUUGACGGAUAUCGCUAUAUUGACUCUUCCUGUUCGCUAUGUGUGUAAAUUGCGCAUGCGGACGACGCGCAAGGUCCAGGUGCUCGCUAUUUUCAUGUUGGGAGGACUCGUUACAAUCUUUGGUAUCAUUCGAGCCGUUGCAGUCGGCACGUCCAAAUCAACGGAUCCGACCUACAGCGCGGUCUAUGAAGGAAUCUGGUCAUACACCGAAAUGUGUGUCGGUGUGGUCGCCGCUUGCCUACCUACUUUAGGCCCUCUUGUCAGAAGCGGACAGUCAGGAAGCACGGGGAGAAGCCUCUCACUUAAAUUCCUGACCCCUUCUCUACGGACAUGGCGUAUGUCAGCAUCUCAGAAUCGAGCAAGCGCUUCGAUAGACGACAAAGCGAGCUGGAAAUUGCAUGGCUGGCCGUCAUCCCAGGAUGGACAACAGGACUUCUCCAGCACGGUGCAUGCCAAUCCAUCAUCUCUCGAGGAAGCAAAAGAGAGAGGAGGAUCGUCGGAUAAUGAUAGUGGGGUGAAUUUCACGGUAGUUGUGUCGCCUGAAGAAGAAGGUGUCGCACGAACAGUAUCUCCGCCUCUUGAGAUUCGUGUCAAAAGAGGCCUUCAUCAGUCUUUUGAUCAUGUAUAGAAACUUUUAUUUGCACAAGUCAUUCUAUGAUACCACUUUAACGAGAUGGGUUUCCCUGGGAAGGAAAGGUUUCUUGGUUGUCAGUUUAGUACUUCUGUUAUUUCCGCCUGAUUUUCUUGUUUCAUAAGGUAUAUUGUCCAAGGGUACAUGGUGUUUUCGGCUGUUAUUCUUCAUGCUGGUUACAGCGACUGUACAUACAACCUGAGCCAUCGUUGAUUAGCCAAUCCGAGUUCUUACAAGAUCAU